GAUUUUUAUUGCAUACAAUAAAUUAAUUAAAAAUGGCACACUCAUCAUCAAGUGGAUCAUCAAAUUUCUUAUAUGACUUUUUAGCAGGUGGUGUUUCUGGAGCUUUGGCAAAAACAAUUGCAGCCCCAAUUGAAAGAGUGAAAUUGUUGCUCUAGACAUAGCACACUAAUCCUAAAUUACUUGCUAGACCAUAUGAUGGAAUUUUGGAUUGUUUCAAGCGAGUGUUUGUAGAGGAGGGUGUUCUUUCAUUUUGGAGAGGAAAUUUGGCCAAUGUUAUCAGAUACUUCCCAACAUAGGCCAUUAAUUUUUCUGUGAAGGAUGCUCUUAAUAGAUAAUUCUUAGCUGGUGUUGAUCCCAAAAAAAGACCUGCCAGAUUCUUUGCUGGUUCAUUGUUAAGUGGUGGUAUUGCAGGAAGUAUCGGUUUAUUGAUUGUGUAUCCACUCGAUUUCAGUAGAACAAGAUUGGCAGCAGAUAUCGGAAAGGCAGCAAACGAAAGACAAUUCAAAGGAUUGGUGGACUGUAUGGGUUAAAUUGUCAAAACCGAUGGCAUCACUGGUAUCUAUUAAGGAUUUGGCAUCUCAGUCAUUGGUAUUUUUGUUUAUAGAGCUUUAUACUUUGGUGGUUAUGAUGCUGGUAAAAGAGCCAUUUGGGGAGAUGAUGCUGCUUAAAGAAAUUCUUCUAUUUUAGCCAGAUUCUUCUUUGCUUAAUUUGUAGUAUCAACAUCUGAAACAAUUUCAUAUCCUCUUGAUACCGUUAGAAGAAGAUUGAUGAUGCAAGCUGGACAAAAAACUUAAGUUCAAUACUCAGGAACUAUAGACUGUUUUGCAAAAAUCAUAGCAAAAGAAGGCCCAACAGGAUUCUUUAAAGGAAAUCUAUCAAACAUUUGGAGAUCUGUUGGUUCAUCUUUGGUGUUAGUGUUUUAUGACGAAUUCCAAAAAUUAGUAGCAUAAGGUGGAAAACAUUGAUUCAUUUAAUAGCAAUAAUUACCAUUAUUUUUUUAAAAUA